GCUCUGCGAAGUACUUAAUCUUGAUCCUAGGCAUGUCCUGAUUGCAGAAGUAAUCUUCACAAAUAUUGGGGGGGCUGCCACAGCUGUUGGGGAUCCACCAAAUGUGAUCAUUGUUUCAAAACGGGAGCUGAGAAAAAAGGGAUUGGAUUUUGCAGCCUUCACAGGUCAUAUGUUUGUUGGCAUCUGCCUUGUUGUUCUGGUCUCCUUUCCUUUCCUCAGACUUCUUUACUGGAACAAAAAACUUUACAAUAAGGAGCCAAGUGAAAUUGUUGAGCUGAAACAUGAGAUCUAUGUUUGGAGACUGACAGCACAGCGCAUUAACCCGGCCAGCAGAGAGGAGACUGCCGUGAAAUGCCUCUUGAUGCAGAAGGUGCUGACUCUAGAGAUGCUCCUGAAGAAGAAGCUGAGGACGUUUCACAGGCAAAUUUCACAAGAAGAUAAAAACUGGGAAACAAAUAUUCAGGAACUCCAGAAAAAACACAGAAUAACAGACAAAAUUCUUCUCAUCAAAUGCCUGACUGUGCUGGGAUGUGUUAUUCUUAUGUUUUUUCUCAAUUCAUUUGUUCCAGGCAUCUACCUAGAUCUCGGCUGGAUUGCCAUGUUGGGAGCCAUUUGGCUGCUUGUGCUAGCAGACAUCCAUGACUUUGAGAUGAUACUGAACAGAGUCGAGUGGGCAACCCUCCUUUUCUUUGCAGCAUUAUUUGUUCUCAUGGAGGCUUUGGCUCAUCUACACUUAAUAGACUAUAUAGGAGAACAGACAGCUUUAUUAAUAAAGGUGGUUCCUGAGGACCAGCGCUUGGUGGUGGCCAUCAUUUUAGUGCUCUGGGUGUCUGCUUUGGCCUCCUCUGUGAUUGACAAUAUCCCCUUCACGGCUACAAUGAUUCCUGUACUUCUCAACCUGAGUAAAGAUCCUGAUGUUAACUUGCCUAUGAAACCAUUAAUAUUCUCACUGGCUAUGGGUGCAUGCCUUGGAGGUAAUGGAACAUUGAUUGGAGCUUCCGCAAACGUUGUUUGUGCAGGAAUUGCUGAACAGCAUGGUUAUGGCUUCUCUUUCAUGGAGUUUUUCAGGUACAAUUUUAAACUUCUUAUGUUAAAUCUGUCAUUUUAUUUUUCUGUAGACAAACAAUGGAUUCUCCAAGGAGACAAUCUGGAGAAAGGACCUAUAAAAUAG